GGCAACCGCGAGAGGACGAAGCAGCAGCUCGUUCGCUGUGUUCCGCCAGUCGUCAGUGAGACGCGGCACUCCGCUAAUGCGAGUGAGUGUGUCCGCCCAAUCGUUCGUACGUUCGUUCUCAUCAUCAAUUUCAUUUCCCUUACACACAUCCAUCGUCCUCCAGAAAUAAUUCCCUUUCCCCCCCACCACCACCACCAACCAUCACAAUUCACCACCUCCCGCAUAUAGAUAUAUAUUUUUCAAAAAACCUUCAUUUUAAAAAAAGGAACGUACACAAACAAAAUACACUCACGUCACAAGAUAGUGUUUAAAAAAAAAAUAAUUUAAAAAAAAAAAGUGAAAAAUUUUUUUUUUUUUUUUUUGUGUGUUGGUGUUUCGUGUACUAACAAAACGGGAUAAUUCGUCUGCUCCCUGUGAUCUAUCGAGGGUUACCGUCUCUGUCCCAAUACCCGCACCAUCAUCAUCAUCAGCAGCAGCAGCAGCAGUGUGUUUCAGUCUGCGCGAAACAACAACCUCGCCAAGAUGGCCGCCGACUCGGGAAUGGAAACGUGUCCCUCCCCAGAGAUCGCGGACUCCAGGAAGCGUCCACUAGAUUGUGAUGUUGAGAAUGGCGCAACCAAGAGGUCACACUAUGGUUCAGGAGGAGAUGGCACAUAUCAUCUCAAAGUUUUGGUUCCGGGGGUGGCGGCUGGAGCCAUCAUUGGAAAAGGAGGAGAAACUAUUGCUCAAUUACAAAAAGAUACGGGGGCUAGAGUCAAGAUGUCGAAAUCCCACGACUUUUAUCCUGGAACCACGGAACGAGUUUGUCUAAUCACUGGCAGCAUCGAGGCUAUUAUGUCUGUCAUGGACUUCAUUAUGGAAAAGAUUCGCGAAAAACCGGAUCUUACGACAAAAACGACAGUUGAUUUUGAUUCCGGAAAAGCAACGGCUGAAAGGGACAAGCAGGUGAAAAUUCUAGUACCAAAUAGCACAGCCGGAAUGAUCAUUGGAAAGGCGGGCAAUUAUAUAAAACAAAUAAAAGAAGAAUCGGGAUCGUACGUUCAAAUUAGUCAAAAGGCAAAAGAUUUGUCAUUACAGGAACGUUGUAUCACCGUUAUUGGAGAAAAAGAAAAUAAUCGCAAUGCUUUACUGAUGAUCCUGGCAAAAGUUGCUGACGAUCCACAAAGUGGAACGUGUCUAAAUGUUAGUUACGCAGACGUCAGUGGUCCUGUUGCCAAUUAUAAUCCAACCGGAAGUCCAUAUGCUCAAGCCCCCACGAGCACACCAACAUAUACAUCCACCGCAGGUUUAAAUACAGUGAGCCUUUUGAAUGGCGCGGGUCUCAGUCUGAAUUUGAAUUUAGGCACGGCAAUAACAACGGGAACCGCGCCAGUAACACAACAGCUGUUGGAACAUUUGAAAUUGAACUUGCGAACGACUGGCUUCACUGAACCGGCCGUGACCGAGAUCUUAACAUCAAUUGCAACACUCGCCAAAUAUAAUAUUCUUGGUAUGGGCAUUGGUAUGCCAUCGGGUUUAAAUUAUCUUGGCACACCAAUGGACAGUACAACAACAGUUAAUGGUUCAAAUAAUAAUGGAGGUGGCGGUGUAUUUGGUCCAAUUGGAACAGUACCAUCAUUGGGUUCAACAUCGCCAACGCCACGCAAUGCACUCGAUCGUUUUGAGCCAUUCGAUCCAUUUCGUCAGAAUAAUACAGCAGCAGCGGCAGCGGCGGCCGCCGCGGCAGCAGCAGCCAGUGCCAUUCAUCUCAACAACAAUUCAUUUGGCUUGGGAACAAAUCAAUUAUCACUUCGAUCUGGACUCUUCGUUUUCCCAUGAACUGAAUUUCAAUUAUUCCAAUGAAGACGAAAUUUUGAAGAUUUAUUAUUUACCCGCCUGUACAUCGAGACACCAACCGGAUUAAAACGAUAUAUAUAUAUAUCUAUAAUAAUAAUAAUAAAGUAGUUUUUUAAUUGUUUUUCUUUUCUCAUAAAAAAAAUACAAAACGAGAAAUGAAAAUCUUUGUUUUUUUUUUUAGUUUUUAAUUUAUAAGAAAGAAAAAAAACCUCUAUGUGACUUUUGCCAAUAUAUAUUUAAUAAAAUCAAAUGUUAAAAAAAUUGUCAUUUUUUAAUGACAGUUUUUGAAUAUAAUUGUACAGAAAAAAAAGAUAAAGAAAUAGAAAAAAAAGAAAGAGAAAGGAAUUUAUUUCAAGUAAAAAAAAAAAAAAAAAAUGGUGCUUUCGAAAUACCUCUAAUAUUGCAAAGACAGGAUUUAAAUUAUUAUUAUUAUUGUUUUGUUUACAAAAAUUUUAUUUAACGCUCAAUUUUUUUUUUUUUUUUUUUUAUUCAGAUAUUUAUAAUUUAUAAUAGAAUUAUUAAUUUCAGAUUAUUAUUAUUAUAAUUAGUAGAUAAAAUAUUUAAUGUAUAAAAAAAAAAGACAAUUGAUCGGAAAAUUGAUCAAAAUAGAGAGGAAAAAAUUUUUUUUUGAAAUUUUAAUUUUUUUUUUUCGAUUGACGAAUAUAAUAAAAAUCGACUUCGGUUGUAAAUAACGUAUAAUCAAACGUUAAACUAGUUGAGAAACUUCCAUUAGAAAAAAAAGUGUCGCGUAUUCACAAAAAAUAUAUAUAUAUAUAUUGAAAAAUCAUCAUAUAUUAUAGACGUGUAUAAAAAAAUAAAAGUCACAAAGAAUUAUUAUAGAGAAUUAUAUUGUAUUGACAAUAGAGCGAAAAAAGUUGAAUUUAGUUUUUUUCGGAAAAAAAAAAUAAAAAAAAACUAAAAUCGACUUUUAAUCUGCACGAAUUGCACUUUGAAAAUAAAAAAAAAAAAAUUAAUUAAUUAAUUAAAUAUUAAACUAAGCGACUUCAUACAAGCUCUGUAUUGGAGGGGGAAAAGUUGUUAUAUUGUUGUGUGCGAUGACGCCGCGUAUAUAUUUAUAUUUACAAAAAAAAAAAAAACUUGUAUUAAAAUGAAAGGAAAAAAUUUAUAUACAUUUUAAGGAUCAUU